AGCAGUGUUACUUGUUAAAGUGAUUAUUUAGAUGUUAGGGUUUUUUAAAAACUCCUUAAUAAGACAAAGGAGGGAACCUAGGAAAUUCUAUUGCCCCCAAUGUUGACACUUCUAUCCGUUCUAUUCCCUGCCCCCCUCCCUCACUGGGUACUUAUUCAUGAGAAGCUUGAGCAUCUCUAGUAUGAGAAAACCCAUCUCAGAAUGACUUUAAAGACCUUGAUUGCCUGGUCUGCAGUCAAAUGUUUCCCUGCUUCAUUGCACCUGUUCUUCUUGCCAGGUACAUGUGACAGUGCUGCAGCUAUGAGUGGAAUUUUAAAGAGGAAGUUUGAAGAAGUUGAUGGCUCUUCGCCCUGCUCUUCGGUGCGGGAAUCGGAUGACGACGUUUCUAGCAGUGAAAGUGCUGACAGUGGUGAUAGUGUCAACCCAUCCACUUCAAAUCAUUUCACCCCAUCAUCAAUUCUGAAAAGAGAGAAGCGGAAGAGGACGAAGAAUGUUCAUUUUAACUGCGUUACCGUGUACUACUUCACAAGGAGGCAAGGGUUCACGAGCGUCCCCAGCCAAGGAGGAAGCACCCUGGGCAUGUCCACACGUCACAACAGUGUGCGCCAGUACACACUGGGGGAAUUUGCGAUGGAGCAGGAGAGGCUUCACCAAGAGAUGUUGAGAGUGCAUCUCAGGGAGGAGAAACUGAAUUCUUUAAAGCUCAAGAUGACCAAGAACGGGACCGUGGAGUCCGAGGAAGCAAACACUUUGACACUGGACGACAUUUCCGACGACGAUAUAGAUCUAGAUAACACAGAAGUAGACGAGUACUUCUUUCUACAGCCUCUGCCAACAAAAAAGCGAAGGGCACUCCUGAGAGCCUCUGGGGUCAAGAAGAUUGACGUAGAAGAAAAACACGAGCUGCGAGCCAUUCGCCUGUCAAGGGAGGACUGCGGCUGCGACUGCCGAGUCUUUUGUGACCCAGAAACAUGUACCUGCAGCCUUGCAGGCAUAAAAUGCCAGGUGGAUCGUAUGUCUUUCCCAUGUGGUUGCACUAAAGAAGGAUGUAGCAAUACGGCAGGUAGAAUUGAAUUUAACCCCAUCCGCGUUCGGACUCACUUUUUGCACACUAUAAUGAAACUUGAAUUGGAGAAGAGCAGAGAGCAGCAAGUCUCUGCGCUGAACGGUUGCCACGGCGAGAUAAGUGCUCACAGUAGCUCUAUGGGCCCCGCAGCCCACCCGUUAGAAUAUUCCGUUCCGGGUAACUUUGAGAUCGAAGCAGAAUCUCGGGCCGGCGUGAUGCACUUGCAGUCGGCCGAUGACUUGGACUGCCCAGGGGAGGAGGAGGAGGAAGAAGAGGAGGAGGAAGAUGCUAGCAGCUUCUGUAGCGGGGUUACAGAUUCCAGCACCCAGAGUUUAGCACCCAGUGAAACAGAUGAAGAUGAGGAAGAGGACGACGACGAGGAUGACGAGGAGGAAAAGGUGGGUGACUUUGUGGAAGGCUUGGGUGCGCAUGGUGACAUGGUGCAAGCUCUUCCUUCGGUCCUCUGCUACUCCGACAGCACUGCCAUGCACGAGAGGCACGCCAAGGCUUCCUCCUACUACGACAACUCCUCAGCGCUUUAUUACCAAAUAGAGAACCACAGCCCUGGCGCUCCUGGCCAGAUGCGUGAGGCGUACCCUGAAAGGGAUACAGUCAAGAAUGGUAAUCUUUCUCUGGUGCCUUAUAAUCCAGCUUCAGAACAGUUUGUGGACUACACACGGCAAUCGGAGGAAAGUUAUAGCGGCUCGCUUUAUCCUCCUUCAAACCCGUCGGUCAUAGUUUGCUGCUCGUCUUCAGAGAGCGACGGCGCUGUUCCGUGUAGUAGCCUAUACGCUGAGCAUAGGCCAAGACACUCCCAAGUGGACUUUCCCUCAUACUUGAAAACUCCUUCUCAAGAUGGAUUUGUUUCUGCUUUGAAUGGCGGCACUCACCUCCCAGAGCAUCCCGCUGAGAAUUCGCUCAGCCUCUCGGAAAAGAGCAGACUGCAUGAAGAGUGUAUCAAAUCGCCUGUCAUGGAAACGGUACCUGUUUAAAUUAUUUUAGGACGGAAUCCCUAUAUUUAACUGCACUCUGUUUUAAUUCCCUGGAACCAAUCUCUCCCCACCCUCUCUUGGCAAUAGAGGUAAGGGGACAAGACUGUGGUUAGUGUUUUGAAUAUUUCUUCUGGUUUAGGCCAUUGCACAAAAGCAGUUCAUGUAAAAAGUUAAAAUUUAAAAGCGGGGGGUGGGGGUUCAAAUGGUCUUUUGAUAGAAAAUACCUAGAUUAAAUAAUAAUAAUAAUGAUGAUGAAUAGUCGCCUACCUGUUAAACGACAUGAAGCUGGCCUAUCGAGACUCAAAGCUUCCCUUUGUAUUAUCAGACCGGUACAAGAUAAUGGAAAUUUUACUUUGGAAACUUCAUGUUUAGAGUACAAAAUUGUCACACAUAUUUGAAGAGAUGGUGACUUUUUAAAUGUAGAUGUGAUUACUGUACAAAAAACGCGCCCCUGAAUUGUUUGGUAAUGUAUAUUUUAUUUAUUGUAGCUUAGUACUCAUGUCUUGAUAAAAAAAUGAAGAGCAUGUUCUUUGGAGCUGAACAUUUGAGCAGCUCACAGCACAGCCACUUCAAAUUUCAUAAGGAAAAUUAUAUAAAUGUUUAGUGACCACGUCUGAAGCUGACAUUGAAUUACAGGGUAUGUUCUUUGAAGUGCCCCUAGCCUCCAGUCAUACUUGUAAGCUAGGGGGCAGUCCAGGAAGUACCACUGCUAGGCAUGAUUCGUUUGUUUCAGCAACACGGGUGGGGUGUUCCCACUCCAUCUCUAUAAAAUGAAUGAAGGGCGUGCACAAGCUCCGCCUUCUGAACUGCACUCACAGGCAUCUAUAAUUGCUAGGAAGGUGAAAUAUAGGACAAUCCUCUGCUUUUUGGUUUUAACUGGCACCAAUAUCCCUUGAAAAUAAAGGAAGCUGGGCACAAGUCAUCAAAAGUUAGUGGUGACUGGUUCAUGCGUUUAUUUUCUUUUGGGCAUUUCAUUUGUUGCUCAGUUUUCUACCCAAAAGCUAUGUAAGGAAAUGAACACUAUUAAAUACGUGCAGAAUGUAGUUGUUCUUCACAUCUUCCUGCGCUCCACUUCCCAGAUGCACAGGUGUGUUUUUUGCCAUUGGGUGUACGAUGUAACACAGGCACCCCCAAACUUCGGCCCUCCAAAUGUUUUGGACUACAAUUCCCAUCAUCCCUAACCACUGGUCCUGUUAGCUAGGGAUCAUGGGAGUUGUAGGCCAAAACAUCUGGAGGGCUGCAGUUUGGGGAUGCCUGAUGUAACAUAUAUUAUCAUAGUAGUACUACCACUGCUUCUUUAGUAGUAUGUGGGGGACGGGACCUCCAGUAACACCCCCCCCCCAAAAAAACUUUAAUUUCUUACAUUUUUUAGGAUUACAGGUUGGAGCACAUAGUUCUCCCCUUACCCAUUUUAUUCUCUCAGCAAUCCUGGAAGGUAUUUUAACGAUAGACACCUAGUCGAUUUUGUAGCUGAGUUGGGAGUUGCCCACACUAACCACUACACAACACCACCCUUGCUCUCCAUUAGCUCCAUGCACACAGAGUCCCCAUUACCUACAGCGGCCACAUGAACAUGUCAGAUUGUCACUAUUUUGGGGUGGGAUUCAAUCACACACCAGGAAAUGAAGGGUGUACAGUCGUAAUUGUUGACAGGUUUCAUGUAACAACCCACCCUCCAAACACCAGCCCUUUUUGCAGGGAGGAAAGUGUGGGAUAACACUGUUCUCUAACCUCUGCACAAGCAUAUCAGAAUGAAUGUUUAUUUUAAGAGCCAAUGCUUUCUAAUCUCCCCGCAAACAAAUCAGGAUGAAUGCUCAAAUUAACAGGCCACCUGGAUUGCUAUGGUUAAUAGAAAACUAGCCUGGUGAACCAGCGAAAUCAACGGGACCUCAUCUAGUCAAAACCUCAUUUCAAUUCUUUCAGUAGAACUUAGUUGCAACUACCUUUCGGUGCAUUGUGUGCCUCAUGUUCACUUUCAGGAUGUAAACUCUGGCUUUUCGUUGCCCUGCAAAUAUACAGCUAACUAAUGCACUUUAGGGCCUCCCCUUACUUGUGGGGGCUAUGAAAAGUCUUCAAGGUGUGCUAGAUGGUGGGUUUUUUAAUUUUUUAUUUUAUUUUACUUUUAAAUCAUAUAGGCAAAAAUUAGGGGGGGGGUGAUCCAUGUUUUCUCUAGCCAAUUUCUGAAGAUAUGAAUAAGUCACUGGCAAGAGGAGUCUUUGUGUUGAGAAAGCAACUGCAUUGUAAAUAGAAGACAGACAGGGUUCUAGGGGCAUUGAGCCAUUCACUCCAGUGUGACUUAAGAUUUCACCUAUGGUACUGUAGCAAUAUUUUAAAGGCCUGUUCCAAAAGGAGGUUGAAAUCAACAGGAAUGCAGUGGUACCUCGACAACCGAAUUUUUCGACUUACGAGUGGGGCAAAUGGCCGCACACUUACGAAUUUUUCGACAUCCGAACGGAAAUUGUGGCGGUUUUAGAUAGGGUUUUUUCGACUUACGAAUUUUCAGAUGGGGUUGCUUCGACUUACGAAUUUUUCCGUUUCCAAUGCAUUCCUAUGGGAAAUCGCGUUUCCAAUGGCGCUUUUCGACUUACGGAUUUUUCGACCUACGAAGGUGCCUUCGGAACGGACUAAAUUCGUAAGUCGAGGCACCACUGUAUGUCCACAGUUGCUGGUGUUCAGUUAAAGGACUCAAGCCUUUGCACUCCUCUUUGUUUUCUGCUAUUUAUGCUCCAGCCAGGGCUACUGUGGACUUUGCCUUCUCCAUUUACUUCUGUGGAGGAAGUGGGUGGGUGUAUGCAAAGAAAUGGGAGUCUGGAGACGUUAACUCCACUCAAUUGAACUGGGGGUCUUUGCAGGCAGCAGAGCACUGUGCGCACAUCACAGAAAUCCCUAAUCAGGUGGCUGCUAAUAGAAAAGAUUAUUUUUAAAGAUUUCUUAUUCAAUAGUGAGAACAAUGCCUGUAACCUGGGGCUACAAAACUCCAACACCUGCCUUUCCCACUUAACAGCCAAGUCUAGAGUUUCACCAUAUCCACAGAUAAUAUAAAACUCUACUUUUUGGAAAGGGGCAAAUUAAUAAGGCCAUCUACCCAUAAUCCUUUCUUUCAAACACCAUCUACGGGGGCAAUUUUAAAUGUAAAGCCUUGAGCACCGCCUAUUUAAAAAAUACAUCACUUCCUGUUCUGUUUGGAUAAUUAUUUUUAAAAGGGUCUUGAGGAAGCACCUUUGUGCACUGGGUGAGCACAAACCCUUACUGGACAAACACUGUGAUAAAAAAAUAAGCUGGACUUACUACUACAGUAUUUUAAGUUUAAGUAACAUUUAAAAUUGAUAUCCAUAUCCAAUUUCGAUCAAGAUUAUACCUAUCAUGUAGAAAUACCCUGUCCAACCAUGCACACAUUUUGCUCCCUGCUGUAGAAUUAAGGGUACUGUCUUAAAUCAGCCUUUCUUAAUUGGCUGUAAAUGUUUGCCUUUAAGCACUUGCUCCUGGGGCGGGUGACAUGGCCCUACUGUCAAUCAGCUCAUGCUCCAAGGGGGCAAACACUAUAGUUGUACGAAGCAUCAAGCUUCUUUAAUAGUUUUAUUCACUAUUUUACCAACCUGCAUAAUUCCACCAGACGGAACGUCUGCCACACAGCAAGGCCCACAUUCUACAGUGCUACAGAUUUGUUCGAGUCUCCACCCACCCCCCAAAAUCCAAUUUCUUUUUGCCAUAUGGAGCACAAUACAUGGGAGAUGGUGGAAUGAACUCCCGUGGCUCACACAAGUGCUGUACUUCCUGUAUUGUUAGCCCUUGGUUUGGUAUCUGUGAGCCUUACGUGCCAAAUGGCUUGUUGUGACUAAAUGACAAAUAACAGUGAAUGUGUUUUGUACAAAUUUUGCAUGUUCUGCUUUAGUUUUUUGUGAUGGCUCUCUAGGCCAUACAGAUAAUGAAGAUGAUCUUGCUGAGUUUACAUACAUUGAUGCCCAUUAGUUUUAGGUACCAGUCAGCAAGUUGGAACGCAGCAUUCCCAUUGGAAACAGACAUUGUCGUACCUAUUUCUGUCUAAUAACAAAUCACCCCGCACAUUAAUUUUAGCAGGCCAGAAGGAAAACAACUGGGAGCACUUUCCUGGCCAAUUAAGUCUCACUUGCAUGUUGUGUUAUUGAUCUUUAAAGAUGGGCAGAGCAGAUUGAUUUGGCUCUAGGAUUUUAUUUUACAGCCAGGAGUGUUCUUUUCUAAAGUCUUCCAGUCUGCCUGCCGUUCUCAGUUACCGUUAUCCAGUGCGUCCCAAAGUCACCAAAAGGUGUGUUUGUUUGUUUUUACCCCAGAUACCAGAUAGAGCACAUGGAGAAAUAGCCUGUAGUGAAAUGAUUGCAAGGAUAUAAUCAUGUCAUAGAAUACAAGGCUUUUCUACAUCAAGCCCCAUGCACAGAUUGAUGAAACAUGAGAUGGAACCGCCAUGCUGGAUCCAAUUUUUCUUCACAUAGCAUCCUUCUGGGAAUGGGGCCCAGUAUGAAAGGGACAGGAGGAUCUUACUGGAUCAAGAUGACUCAGUUUACAUUACAGGUGAAACUUGGAAAAUUAGAAUAUCGUUUAAAAGUGCAUUUAUUUCAGUAAUGCAACUUAUUAUUUUUUAUUUUAUUUUAAUUUUUACAAAUUGCUUUGUUUUGGAAAUUCCACAGUAAUAAAACAAAUAGUUACAAUAAUACAAAAAUUAAAAAAUAAAUAAACAUCACUAUUACAUUUCAUUACUUACAUUCCAUUUAUAAUUGACCCGCCUAACGACAAAUAAUUACAAUUACAACAAAUAAAGGCUUGACAUACCUUGCUUUGCAUGUCAUGCAUCUAUCUCAUAUAUUGAUUUCACCUUUUAAGUUGCGUUACUGAAAUAAAUGCACUUUUCAACGAUAUUCUAAUUUUCCGAGUUUCACCUGUAUAAGGGAAUGCUCUAAAAUUUUCAGAAAUUCCCAGUCUUGCUAGAUAACUUUAUUUUUGUCCUCAAUUAAUUAUUUCCCUUUCCCCGCCACAUUAAUUUCCACUGGAAAAUAGAACCAUGUUUAAAACAUGACUACAAGGAUGUGGGACAAUAUGGAACAUAACACACAACUUUUCAACUAACCUAAACUGAAUUAAUCUUGUUCAACACAGAUACAGUAGUAGAUGAAUCCUGGUGGGAAUGGGAGAUGCACAAAUCCUAUUGCACAGUCAAGUGCUUUCUGUUCAUAUAGAUGCAUAUCCUUAUCAAAAUAGAUGAUGCAACUCCCGAAGAUUAUGUUUAUACAUAUCCUUAUUUGCUAGAGAAUGUAAUACCAAGGAGGAGGGAGUAAGGUGCCAAAUAUUACAUUAGCAAGCAGGAGGGAUUCCCUGCAAGACCAAAAGCUUAGUUUCAAUGUAAGGGGUAUACGUAGUUCCGAAAUGGAUGUGCUGCAGCUCUUAGGAUCACCUGAGCAACACUGUAUCCCCUGCUGCUAGUGUAAAGGACUAGCAUGCCUCAACCUGUUAAGUCUUUUAGGAAUAAGCAUAGCCCUAACUCCAGCCCUUGCUAUGGAAGACAAUACCAUCAGUAAAAACUGAAAAGGGGGGGGGAUAUGGAAAUAUGGAAAGGGAAACAGAACCAAUAUGGUCUGCUUAACCACCUGCAAAGGACCAUGCCUCAUCUACGGCAGUGCAAGCUAUUCCUUGAGCUGUCUUAAGAAAACCAUAGGGCUGGAGUGGCAGCCCAUCAAAAUUCCAUUUAGGAAAUUUUAUUUGCAAAUGCAUGGUGAAAAUAGCCUUUCCUCACUGCUCCCCAAAACCUUAUGUAGACUUAAUGGGGUGUUUUCACUUUUCCCCCUCCAAGGGUAAGUACCUAGGUGACCUGAAACUCUUUUGUUUACAGCCAAAAGAAAUAUUAAUAUAGGUGCAUGAAUUUAAAGCUUUUACUAUUUCAUACCUAUUGAUUCAGCUGGCUACCAUAUUAACCUCAUCCAUGCAAAGUAAUUCAUUCAUUCAGUAAUUCUUCAUUUAGUGGUCUAAGUUACAGAUGUUUUGUUUGGAAAAAGACUUGGGGUGGAGUUGGUAAAAAAUAACACAUGUAAAGUAUCUUGGGUACUAGAAAUUCGAUAAUGCAUAAUUAGUAAAGAAAAAUCCCUUCCUCUUCCAACAGCCUGGAACUGGAACUCACCAUAAUGAAACUGACCUGCUCUUGCUUUCUUUCAUUUAAAGGAAAGCAUUAUGUGGACAGGUGUGACCCAGCACUUUCUUAGAGUGAUGCAGCUUAUACUGAUUCACACUGUGUAUACAUUAUGUAAGAAAACUCACCCAAUAAGGAAUCUCUUUGCUUUUGACAAAUAUUAGCUCUGUAUGAGUUACCCUAUCUACUGUCUCUUCUUUUUUCUUUCUCUAUUGCCACUGAUACAGUAUAUGGAAAGCAAAACACAAAGUUCAUCUGUAACUCUGAUCUGGAAUGUUCUCAAGAAUUAAAGUAAAUAGUGUUAUACAGCAGUGGGUCCAGUGGUAUUUCCAAUUCAGGAAAAAUAAAAAAAUCAGAAUUCGUGCUUUAAGAUGUAGAAGUAGAUUCUCAUAGCUGCUUGAAAAUUGUAAAUAACCGUAAUGCUGCUUUAACUUAACACGUUUGAGGGUAGAUACACAUGAUUAUCUUUUUAUGAGGGUGGUUUUUAAUCACCAUGGAUGGGUCUCUCAAUUUAGCCAUUGUAGACAGAAGCUACACACCACCACCCAAAGCCUCUCACUGGUGGUUAGUGUUAUGCAAGGUAGCUUUGGCUCAGCUACUGUUCUGACCAGGUCACUUGCUCCCAGUUUUCUGUUCCUCAGGCAUUAUGGCAAGAGAAUAGAAUGUUAAUGUAAAACUCAAAACACAAAACCUAUAGUUGGCAUUAUUCCCUCCAUGUGUUGAUUUAACUUUGCUUUAUAAGUUGCAACUUCACAAAUACCAAAAGGGUAAUGUAGGCAACAAAAACAUUUGACAAAACUUAACCUGGACAUUAUGCUGUAAUCUUUUAUUUUAACUGUAUCUUGUAUUUAUAUUUUCAGUAUUUAUGAUGAAUGACAUGUAAUUUGAUGUAUUUAUUGUGGCUUAUUUCUGCAAUGUAUAUAUUACAAAAUAAGCAUUUAUAAGUCUUAAAAUUAGGUUAUUUUUUUUCUUAGUGGCACUCGUAUUAUGCUGUAUUUUUACUAUAUAUUGUACAAUAUAUAUUUAUUGUCUAUUUGUUUGCAACAAAGUAAAUCAGGUUUCUACGUUACAUCUAUUGCUGCCUCUUUUGUACUGGGGAAGGGGUAUCUUAAUCGUUUACAGUUUAAUACUGUUUGUAUUUCUUUUCAUGCUACAGAAGAUAAAAUUUUGAGAAAACAAUUAUUACAACAGUAAACAACAAGUAACUUGUCCUGAUAAAAUUACAAACUAUUCAUGCGUUCAUUCUUCUCUGCCUGGGAGUUACUACUUUGGAAAUCUGCAAAACUAAUGAGCAUGUAUCCAGAUGCACCCAUUCAAAAGGCCACAUAGUACUUUUAUCCUGAGUGGUACAAACCCAGCAUUACGGGUAGGUCAACCUGCCUUGUAUAGUUUACCAUCUUGGUUUUCCUAAAAUCCCUAUCGCCUACUGGUACAUUUUAAAAUUUCCAAAGCAAGAGUAUAUUAUUCAAGAUCUCUUAACUGUAGAGCUUAACUUAUCCAUGACAGGGAAUUCUGAAAACAAGCAAAGUGUCUUUCCUGGAUCAGAUCAAGUCCAAAAUAGUUCAAAUUCUUCUGCAAGAGUCCUAGCAAUCAGCAGGCACUGGUGGGCCACAAUGAAUCGACUAAUUUACCGGUAACCUUUGUUGUGUUCCACGUGACAUUGGGGAAGGGCUUUGAGGCGCUAAACAUGAUUCUUCCCAGCCCUGCAAUUCCUACUUUUUUUUUCCUUUCAGAAAUAAACUAUUUUUUUACCAUGGGACUUUCAAUAUGACUUCUGUCCCAGUAAAAGUUGCAUUCCCACUGGUAACCCAGUCAACUACACUUUGCUGCUCCCCACCUCUUCAUUCCACUUUCCUCCACAUCACUCUCUUAAGCAUCUUCUGCUAGUCUUCCAACAGCAGAAUCAGCAACAGGAGAAGCCUGCAGUUUAAACAGUGGUGGUGGAAAAACAGUACCUUCCUGGGAGCAGGCUUGCUCUUAAGGUCACAGAGGUGUUGGCAAGGUCUAAGAGGAGAGCCCUAUUUUCAAGGGGUUGAGAGGAGCUGUAAUUUAAAAGAUACGGAGAUGCAAAGGACUAGGAUUUGGGAGUGGGGAUAGGGCUGAGAGAGAACUGGGGCAGGUUGCUUCUAUUUAUCACCACCCGCCCUUGGUGGGAUAACUUUAGAGUUAUAAGCCCAGUCAUGUGAAAUACCCUGCUAACAAGAGAUUCAGCAGGCGCCUUCUGUGCCAACUUUUAAACAGCUGCUAAAAACUUCUCUGUUCUGCCAGCCAAUUAAGUGUAUAUACAUCCCCACAAUGGCCCAGUGAUGUUUGUUUUUAAUUUCUUUUUUAUUUAACUGGGCUUUUUAACUUUUUAUGACUUUCUUGUUUGGUUUUAGGUUUUUAUCUUGUUGCAAACCACUGUGAUACAGCGAUAUACGAAUAUUUAAACAAACACACGUUCAAAGCAGCCAAUCACUGCUUUCAUGGGUAAAACUCUGUGCCAUCAGAAACACCACCACCCUUGUCAGCGGAAUUUGGUUAAUGUGGGUUUACACGGAGGAUUAGGAAGCCAUUUUUCUAGAUGCUAUUGGAAAUAGUUUUGCAACAGCAUCCUCUGCUGGUUAGUUUAUUGAACAAGCAUUCAAUAAAUAAGAAUUUCAAAAGCUUUGUUGGUUUGCUUGUUUUAAA